CCUUGAGCGGGAAAACUCAGGCCUGUCAUUGGUCAAUGCAUUCAAAUCAUACGUUAUGAUUGGUUAUGGGAUGUUCAAAAUAAGGAGCGUCAUUUUGGCGCUAUUACUCAGUUGUCGUUUGUUGGCGGUAAGAGAAUACACAGAACUACAAAAAUGGCGGGAGGCAAAGCCGGAAAGGAUUCUAAAGCAAAGGCGAAGGCAGUUUCUAGAUCAGCCCGUGCCGGUUUACAGUUCCCCGUCGGUCGUAUACACAGACAUUUGAAGAACAGAACAACGAGUCACGGUCGAGUAGGAGCCACUGCAGCAGUUUACAGCGCUGCUAUCCUCGAAUAUCUUACCGCUGAAGUUCUAGAGUUGGCAGGUAAUGCAUCCAAAGAUCUGAAAGUGAAGCGUAUCACCCCUCGCCAUUUACAGCUUGCCAUCCGUGGAGACGAAGAGUUGGAUUCGCUUAUCAAGGCUACCAUUGCUGGCGGUGGUGUAAUCCCCCAUAUCCACAAGAGUUUAAUUGGAAAGAAGGGAGCCAACAAACCAACAUGAUUUUCCUUAGUGUUAUUUUUAACCUGUAACUAUUCUCAUUAUUGUACAGUUAUCUUUCAACAAGCAACUCUAUAUUUUGAUGCAUACUCAUCUCUAGUAUAGUCACCAUGAUGUCAUAUCAUGUCAAUUUUUAUUUUGUAUUUAUGUGAUAUGCAAUCGUGUGCCAAUAAAUCAGUGCUGUAUGUAUAGCAUGCAUAUUGUA